CCAUCUCUCUAUAUCAUGAGUCUCCGUGUCUGUCCCCAGAGCAACUCCUCACUCUCACUCUCCCACUCUCCCAUGGCUUCCUCUCCGUCGUCCCCUCUUCUCCUCUUCUUCUUCUCCUCCUCCUUCUUCUUCGGCUUCUUCUCCUCUGCAACCUCCGCCGAUUCGACCCUGAAGACGUACAUAGUCCGAGUGGACUCACAGUCCAAGCCCUCCGUCUUCCCCACCCACCAGCACUGGUUCGCCUCUCUCCUCUCCGCCGACGAGUCCAGCCCCGACGCGGCGGCGGCCCGGAUCCUCCACACCUACGACACCGUCUUCCACGGCUUCUCCGCCUCCCUCAGCCCCUCCCAGCUCGACUCCCUCCGGGGCCACCCCUCCGUCCUCGCUGUCCUCGAGGACCGCCGCCGCUACCUCCACACCACCCGCUCCCCGCAGUUCCUCGGCCUCCGGAACCAGCAGGGUCUCUGGUCGGACUCUGACUACGGGUCGGACGUCAUCAUCGGGGUCCUCGACACCGGGGUCUGGCCGGAGAGGAGGAGCUUCUCGGACGUCAACCUCGGCCCGGUGCCGAAGCGGUGGAAGGGGGCCUGCGAGACCGGGGAGAAGUUCGGGGCCCACAACUGUAACCGGAAGCUCGUCGGCGCGAGGUUCUUCGUGAAGGGGAAUGACGCCGCGGGUCGCGGAGCUGGGCCCGGGAUGGGCGGCGGCAUCAAUGAAACUGUCGAGUUCAGGUCUCCGAGAGAUGCAGAUGGCCAUGGGACCCACACUGCGUCGACUGCCGCUGGUCGGUACUCUUUCCGAGCUUCCAUGGCGGGCUAUGCCCCGGGAAUCGCGAAAGGUGUCGCCCCAAAGGCGAGGAUAGCAUCUUACAAGGUCUGUUGGAAGAAUUCGGGUUGCUUCGAUUCUGAUAUCCUAGCAGCAUUCGAUGCUGCUGUCAAUGAUGGAGUGGACGUAAUCUCGAUCUCAAUCGGUGGUGGGGAUGGCAUCUCUUCCCCGUACUACCUUGACCCGAUUGCAAUCGGCUCUUAUGGAGCGGUCUCCCAUGGGAUUUUUGUGUCCUCCUCUGCCGGGAAUGAUGGGCCAAAUGGUAUGACGGUGACGAAUAUCGCCCCGUGGCUCACUACUGUCGGGGCUGGCACAAUUGACCGGAACUUCCCUGCAGAUGUGAUCCUCGGAAAUGGAGUUAAGCUUUCAGGUGUGUCGCUCUACUCAGGUCCGCCAUUGAGCGGGAAAAUGUAUCCGCUUGUUUAUCCUGGGAAAUCGGGGAUUUUAACAUCAUCUCUUUGUAUGGAAAACUCUCUUGACGCGAACCAUGUGAAAGGAAAGAUUGUGAUUUGUGAUCGAGGGAGCAGUGCCAGAGUCGCAAAAGGAUUGGUAGUACUGAAGGCUGGCGGGGUUGGUAUGAUUCUGGCAAAUGGGAUAUCGAACGGUGAGGGAUUAGUUGGCGAUGCUCAUAUGAUCCCGACUGCUGCUGUCGGUGCCAAUGAGGGCGAUUCUGUGAAGGCCUACGUCUCGUCGACCUCUAAUCCAACUGCCACUAUUCAAUUCCGUGGGACUCAGAUCGGGAUCAAGCCUGCACCAGUUGUGGCCUCUUUCUCAGGCCGUGGACCCAACGGUCUGAACCCGGAGAUACUCAAGCCUGACUUGAUUGCUCCCGGGGUUAACAUAUUAGCUGCUUGGACCGAUGCCAUAGGACCCACUGGUCUGGACUCAGACACAAGGAAGACUGAGUUCAACAUCCUGUCCGGUACUUCAAUGGCUUGUCCGCACGUUGGUGGGGCUGCUGCUCUGCUCAAGUCGGCCCAUCCCGACUGGAGCCCUGCAGCUAUCAGAUCGGCUAUGAUGACGACUGCAAAUUUACUGGACAACACUCUUAAGCCCAUGACUGAUGAGUCCACAGGGAAGCCUGCCACCCCGUAUGAUUUCGGUGCUGGGCAUGUCAAUCUCGACCGAGCAAUGGACCCAGGACUCAUCUAUGAUAUCACCUCCGAUGACUACAUGAACUUCUUGUGCGGGAUCGGGUACUCAAACAAGAUCAUUCAGGUGAUCACUCGAUCGCCUGUCAACUGUCCAAGAGCAAAGAAGCCCUUGCCCGAGAACCUGAACUACCCAUCCGUCGCAGCCCUGUUCUCGAGCACGAGAACAGGGGUCCAGAGCAAGAGCUUCACCCGGACUGUGACGAACGUGGGCGAGCCCAAAGCAGUCUAUCAAGUCAAGAUUGAAUCCGUGCCGAAGGGGGUCUCGUUGGUCGUGAAGCCCACCACACUUGUCUUCUCAGAGGCUGUGAAGAAGCAGACCUUCAUGGUGACGAUAAAGGCGGACACCAAGAGUCUCCUGCUGGACGACUCGGGAGCGGCAUUUGGGUCUCUCUCAUGGUCGGAUGGGAAGCAUCUGGUCCGGAGCCCGAUCGUGAUCACUCAAAUUAGCCCAUUGUAAGGUGAUUCGAUGGUUAAACAAGGUGUUCCACUUCCAUUUUAAGGCAUAUUAGUCAGAAGUGACAAAAGAGAAGGGUUGGAGCUUGCUGGGCUCUGCUUAGUGGAAGUUAAUGCUUUUCUUUCUGUUUGUGUAAUGUAAUGUAAUGUAAUAUCUGUCUAUAGGUUCAGGGAAGGGAUAUAUCUAUAUAUAUAUAUAUAAUCUCAUCUUGAGAGUGGCUUAGUUUGUCUUUCUUUUUUUUCUUUUUCUUUUUUUUUUUACCUUAAAACAUGAUGAUGUAAUUUCCUUUUAUUCUGCAAUUAUGUUGUCUUUUACAUCAGAAAAAUGCUGCUAUAAGUUUACAGUUGGCCAAAA